GGUUUCUAUAAGUCGGUAUGGCUCGUACAAAGCAGACGGCGCGCAAGUCCACCGGCGGGAAGGCCCCGCGCAAGCAGCUGGCCACCAAGGCGGCCCGGAAGAGCGCGCCGGCCACCGGCGGCGUGAAGAAGCCGCACCGCUACCGGCCCGGCACCGUGGCCCUGCGCGAGAUUCGGCGCUACCAGAAGUCCACGGAGUUGCUGAUCCGCAAGCUGCCGUUCCAGCGGCUGGUGCGCGAGAUCGCGCAGGACUUCAAGACGGACCUGCGCUUCCAGAGCUCGGCCGUGAUGGCGCUGCAGGAGGCGUGCGAGGCGUACCUGGUGGGGCUGUUCGAGGACACCAACCUGUGCGCCAUCCACGCCAAGCGCGUGACCAUCAUGCCCAAGGACAUCCAGCUGGCGCGCCGCAUCCGCGGGGAGCGGGCAUAAAUCUCGUUCCUCCACUGGCAUGUGCGCUACCCCCAAAGGCUCUUUUCAGAGCCACUUCCGUUCUCACCGAGAGUGUCUGUUUCACUAAUGGCUUUGCCCCUAAAGAACGUACCCUUGGGGCAGACCAGAGGAAAGGGGCGAAGGGAUAAUGGGUUUAUCGCUCAAACUACGGCCACCUCAUUUUUCUCACGCAAAGUAGGUGUAAAUGUAAUCGCAAAGCCUCCCAUAUCGUGUGUGCUCAUACUGUCUACUUAAGGAAACUUGAGGUAACAGCAAUUGAAGCAAUAGUGUCACCGCAGCGAUCAAGUUACCACUUGCACCCUUGAGGAAUCCAGGUGGAAAGAAAAUCCCAAGGAAAGCAGCUACAAACCAUGUAAAUGGCACUCAGUGUACCUCCACAUCGGACAGUAAACUGGCAGCAGAAUCCUGGUUAACUGAUUUAUCCACAUCUCAGGAAGGCUAGGAUUUUGAGCAUUUCCUUAUAAGAAUUGUGUUUCUCAUUGUUUAGUAGCACCUGGUAACCCUGCAGGAUAAAAUCUGAAAUGUUACCCUCUGUACCCACCCCAAGGUCUGAUACUGUAAAAUCACCAAAUAAGCCUUAGCUUUUAUUCCCCAGCUUCCAGGAGCCUGGCAGUGCAAAGUGCCUGAGGAGCAUUCCACAGGCAUAAGGCUUUCCCACCACGGAUUCAACUCAACUCUCUUCUAAGAGCCACCCACGGGCACACCAAAAAGGACUGUUGCCCUGUAAUCUUGACUGGUAUUUAAGAUUAUGCUCAAUUACUUGAGUCUAACAGUUAAGUUCCUUUCAAGUGCUUUUCUUCGGUUCUCUUGACAGGCUAGUGCCUCAAUUUAUACAUACUGCCAAUUUGUGUACAGCUGGUGUACAUUAUCCUCCCUAAUACAGAAAAUGGAAAACAAUACUUUGCUCAUCUAAGCAUUCAAGAAGACUACCUGACAAACUGGCAUGUGUACAUUGUCAUUUCUGCCCUUCAAGUUUGUGAAAUGAGUGAAAAGGCUUUCCUUAAAUUUUAAUAAAUUUUUUUUCUGGAAACUA